CUUCCUCCACGGCCCGCACACUCCCCCUCCUUCCUUCACACGCCCCAUCCUUCCUCAAGACUCCCCUGCCAAUCCUUUCCAGUCCUUCCUUCACAUGUUCCUCUCCUAAUUCCAGUCUUUCCUCCACACGCUCAUCUCUUUCCACUUCUUCCUCCACAUGUCCCUCUCCUUCCACUUCUUCCUUUACACGCUCCUUUCCUUCCGGCUUCCAGUCCUCAAUUCCUCCACACGCCCCUCGAUCUCCCACAGUCCCAGUCUUCCCUCGAUCCACACGCCCAUUCCACUCCUUCCUCCACAUGCCCCUCUCCUUCCACUCCUUCGAUGGAUCCUUCACAUGCUCCUCUCCUUCUAGCCCUUCACACGCCCCUCGAUCUCUGAGUCCUUCCUCGAUCCACACGGCCAUUCCACUCCUUCCUCCACAUGCCCCUCUCCUACCACUCCUUCGAUCGAUCCUUCACAUGCUCCUCUCCUUCUAGCCCUUCACACGCCCCUCGAUCUCUCAGUCCUUCCUCGAUCCACACGGCCAUUCCACUCCUUCCUCCACAUGCUCCCCUCCUUCCACUCCUUCCUUCACAUACGCGCUCCUAUAUAGCUCUCCUUCCACACGCCCCUCUCUCCCUCCCUUCUCUUUAUUCAUAUUGCCCAUCUACCUAACUAUAUACGUAUCUGCCUAUAUCUAUUUGUCUUUAUUUCUUUCAUUCAUCAUUAUAUCUCUCUGGCUAAGCAUCAAGGAGUGGGCGUGGCCUUCACUUCGAGAUCUUAGCUGCAUCAUGGCUAGCUAUGUCCCCCAACCUCUAUCUUCUCCCCGUCCCACUUUUGUCCCUCUUCCCUCUCGAUCCCCUCCCCUGUUCCUCUCUGCUCUCCCUCUUCCCUCCUUAGAUCCUCUCUACUCUCCCUCUCCCCUGUCCCUCUCCUCACAUGACCCUCUCUACUCUCCUCCCUCUCCCUCUUCCCUCUCCUGUUCCUCUCUACUCUCCCUCUUCCCUCCCGUGACCCUCUCUCCUCCCUCUUCCCUUUCCUCCUCUCCUUCUCCCCUGCUACAUCCCUUCUCUCCCCUCUCCCUGUGUCCCAUCUGCCCUCCCUCUGUGGGCAAAUAUUCUCCCUAUCAAGGCUUGUCACAACGUUGGGAGAUAGAGGAAGAUUAAAACAGUUAAAUUACACCUUUGGACACGGCUAGAGAAGAGGUGGUAGUGGUGGUGGUGACAAUUAAGACAUAAAACACUAUUAGGCUUCCUUUGAGACAGAACAAGAGGAGGAGGAUACAGAGAAGCCAUAUAUUUGCCUGUUCUUCACCAUGAAUCGCAAAAUAUUACAUCAGGGAAUGGUGUCUUCGGCCAGGCUGUGGAGGAAGGGGAGACAGAGAGUGACAGCCGUGACAUCAGUGGCUCCCCAGCCCUCUGCCCCUCCCCACCUAGCAGCCCCCCAGCCCCAUCCCUUCACCACCACCACCACGCCCCAGCAGACCACUCGCCCCACACCCACACCAGCCCAAGCCCACAGCGAGCCCACAGGUAUCAGGGUGGCCGAGGCAGGGAAGGAGGUGCUGGAGGUGACGUUUGCUGAUGGUAGCCACAGUGCCUUCCCUUACUGCUGGCUGAGGGACAACUGCCAGUGCCACGAGUGCUUUGACCAUGAUGCCCUGUGCCGCAAGCUGACCCUGGAGGACUGGCAGCAUGAUGACAGCCCCACCAGUGUCCAGGUGGAGGAGGACGGGGGUGGCGUGGGGCUGCAGUGGAUCAGUGGGCACAGUAGUCGUUACGAGGCCCAGUGGCUGCAGCAACACGCCUUUACCGCCGCCGCCCGGGACGCACAGAGGAGCUUCCUGGCCCUGAGGAAGGAACUUUGGAGCACCGAGCUGGAGCUGCCGAGGCUUGACUACGAGGCCGUGAUGCACCAGGACACGGCGAUGCUGGACUUCCUGGUGACGCUGGAACGCAAAGGUGUGGUGGUGCUGACCAAGGCGCCGCGGGAACCAGGCACCGUGUUCUCCAUCAUCAACAACAUCGGUUACGUGAAGCCCACACACUACGGAGUCCACUACCCCAUCCGCAGCAAGGUCAGCGCCAGCAGCCUCGCCUACACGGACCAGCGACUCGGGAUGCACAACGACCUCCCUUACUUCAACUACGUUCCCGGGAUCAUCUUCCUGCACUGCAUCACCCAGUUCGAGGGGGAGGGCGGGGAGAACGACCUGUCCGACGGGUUCCAGGUGGCCCGGUACUUGAAGGAGCACCACCCCGGGGAGUACCGCAUCCUCACCGACACCCCCGUCUACUUCUGGGACAAGGGCACGGCGCAGGUGAAGGAGGAGACCACUGAGUACCAUAAGAUUAUCAACUUACCCAUCCUUGUGGAGGACCGGGUGAGUGGCGCUGUGGUACGGGUCAACAACUCCCAGCUGAGGAACUCCUACCUGGACCUGUCGCCACACCUGGUCACGCGCUGGUAUGCCGCCCUCAGGCUCUUCAACCAGACCGUCGACCAGCACUCCAUCAGGAACAAGCUCAAGAGUGGCGAGAUGCUGGUCAUGGACAAUACUAGGCUGCUGCACGGACGGACUGCCUACAAUGGAGCCCUUGGGGAGCGCUACAUGGACCAGGCCUACCUUGAUUGGGACGGGGCACUCUCCAGGCGCAGGGUCCUUCAGGAGAGGCUGGGCGUCACCUUGGAGUAGGUUGCCUGUGAUGCAUGCUCUGCUGUGGCUGUUUGUUGUAACCGUGCCUGAAGUGAUGUGAAGAUGUCAUGUGCCCACAACUCCCCACCCAAAGCUUCACAGCGAGGCUGAUGUGGGUGCUGCCUGAAAAAGAGAACAAGAAUUAUGAGGAGACAAGGAAAAUAAUUUAGAUAAGAAGGAAGGAAUUGAAGAGGAGGAAGAAAGAUAUGGGUGUGUUACUGUAGGGGGUCAAUACUUGUUUUAGAGUCCCCAACAGUAAAGUGCUUCUGGUGCCUUGAAAUCACUCUUAAAUCCACUAUCUCUUGUGUGUAGGCUGUGUUUUAUCCUGGAGAAGAGUUGGGUUAUGCUAAAGCAAUAUUAAUGGCUGUGUGACUAGGAGGGCAAUGUUUCUUUUAGUUUUCCCUUCAGUUAAGUGUUUCUGGUGCCUUGGAAUCACUCCCAAAUCCACUACCUCUUGUGUGUAGGCUGUGUUUUAUCCUGGAGAAGAACUGGAUUAUACUAAAGCAAUAUUAAUGGCUGUGUGACUGUAGGAGGGCAAUGUUUCUUUUAGUUUUCCCUUCAGUUAAGUGUUUCUGGUGCCUUGAAAUCACUCUGAAGACACUCUCUUGUGUUUAACCCGGUAGCAGCGACGGGCCAAAUUUGUGGCUUUACCGUGUACCAAUGACGGGCCAAAUUUUUGCCAUGAUAUAAACCCCCAAAAAUAGAUGAUGCAUAAGCUGAUCACAAAUUUGUUGAUAUGCAUUAUGAAAUGGUUUGUGUGAGAGAUGAUUUUUUGUCAUUUUUCUCGCUUAGAGGGGCCUUUAAGAAACAGGAUCCCCGCAGGUAUAUACUGGGUUAAGCAUGUAGACUCAGUUACCCACCCAGUCAGUCAGUCAUUCAGUCACACACUCAGAAUAAGGAGGUUGUAUUAAUAGUAUAAAACCAAGUUAGCCAAUAUAUAUCAGUUAGUCUUAAGCAUGUGGAUGAGUUGCAUUACUUUCAACAGUUUAUACAUGGUUUUAUAUUUAAUGGUGAUAAUUAAGGAGGGUACCAGGAGAGAAUAUAAGGUGUGAUGUGUUGUUAAUUGAUUGACCCUAUGUAUACUGAAUGUACUCUGUAAUUAUGGCAAAUAUACACAGUUAUUAUUAGA